UGCGGGCGCCAGCACGAACCCGCCUCGCUGGCUCUUUUCCCCUCCCUCUGGCUCAGUCCCGGCCGCCCCAUGGAGUGCAUCGCCCGGCGGGGCCCUUCUCCUCUCCUCCUUUAGCCAAACAGCCUCGUCCUCCCUUCCUCCAUCUCCUCCUCUUUCUCCUUCUCCUCUUCCGUCCGCUGGGCCGCCAUGGGCGACGUGAUUUCGGCUCACCUGGACGAGAACAGGCGCCAGUCCAUCGCAGGGAAGACAGAGAAGAUACUGACGGAGUUUAGCCAAUUCUACCAGGAACAAUUUGGCCUUGCCCUGUUUAACAGCGUCCGCUUUGAGAUCGAAGGGGGAACGGCUCCACAAGCCCAACUAUUGCAUCGCAAGGUACCUCUGGAAGACCGGAUCAUCUUCUCAGGCAACCUCUUCCAAUACAUAGAAGAAAACAAGAAAUGGAGGAACCGUUUCAGCGUCGUACCCCUCAAUUACGGGCUGGUGCUCUACGAGAACAAACUGGCCUAUGAAAGAAGUCUUCAGCCCCGAAUUCUCAUCAACAGCGCUGGCUAUAAAAUCCUCACCUCCCUGGACCAAUAUUUGGAACUGAUCGGCAAUAACUUCACAGGUUCUCCAUCCAAAUCGAGUCAUGGUUCCAUCAUCAAGUGUCCCACCCAGUUCCCCAUCAUCCUUUGGCAUCCUUACGCUCGCCAUUACUACUUUUGUGUGAUGACCGGCAAGGAGCAGGAGAAGUGGAAGGCUAUUUUUCAAGAUUGCGUGCGCCACUGCAACAAUGGGAUUCCAGAAGAGUCCAAAGUUGAGGCUCCUGCAUUCACCGACGCUGUGCGGAUGUAUCGCCAGUCGAAGGAGCAGUACGGCACCUGGGACAUGCUUUGUGGCAACGAAGCCCAGAUCUUGAGCAACCUGGUGAUGGAGGAGCUCCUGCCUGAGCUGAAGAAUACGAUUAGCCCCCGGCUGAAGGGCAAAGAGCAAGAGAGACAAAGGGCCUGGAUUCAGAUCUCAGAUGCCGUGUACAGGAUGGUGUGUGACCAGGCGACUUCCCAUUACGAUUCUUUAGUGGCCAAAUGUGAGCUUCAGAUCCCUGAAAUGAAGAGCAUCAUCCGGACAGAUAUGGAUCAGAUCAUCCAGUCCAAGGAACAUCUGGCCAACAAAAUCCGGGCCUCCGUCUUCUCCAAAGCUGAGGUCUGUGUCCGGAAUCAUGUCCAACCCUACAUCACUUCCAUUUUGGAAGCUCUGAUGAUCCCCACCAGCCAGGGAUUUACAGAAGUUCGGGAAGUCUUCUUCAAGGACGUCACUGACAUGAACAUGAAUAUUGUCAACGAAGGAGGGAUAGAGAAGCUGGGAGAGUACAUGGAGAAGCUUUCUCAGCUCGCUUUCCAUCCCGUGAAGAUGCAGUCCUGCUAUGAGAAGAUGGACCAGCUGAAGCUGGAAGGUCUCCAGCAGAGGUUUGAUGUCUCCAGUGCCUCCGUGUUCAAACAGCGUGCCCAAAUCCUGAUGAGGCAGCAAAUGGAUGACACAGUCUAUACUUUUGAGACUCUUCUCCAUCAGGAGCUGGGGAAGUCGCUGAGCAAAGAUGAACUGUGCAAGACAAUUCAGCGCAUCCUGGAGCGGGUGCUCAAGAAAUACGAUUACGACAGCAGCACGGUGCGGAAGAAAUUUUUUCGAGAAGCUCUGCUGCAGGUCACGGUCCCUUUCCUGCUGAAGAAGUUGGCUCCCACUUGCAAAGGGGACCUCUCAAGAUUCCAGGAGCUGAUUUUUGAAGAUUUUGCCCGCUUCAUCCUGGUGGAAAACACGUAUGAAGAGGUGGUCCUGCAGUCUGUGAUGAAAGAUAUCAUGAUGGCCGUCAAAGAGGCCGCCGUCCAGCGGAAGCACAAUCUAUACCGCGACAGCAUUGUGAUGCACAACAGCGACCCCAACCUACACCUGCUCGGCGAGGGGACGCCCAUCAACUGGGGGGAGGAGUACGGCAGCGAAUCAGACACAGACCCCCUGGACGAGAAGCAGCACCGUGCCAAACAGGUGGUCUCCGUAAUCCACAUGGAUGAAAGUGCUCUGCCUUUUGACGAAGUGGGUUCUUUGGAAAGAUCUCCAGAUGGUUCAGAACCAGAGAAGUCCGAGCGCUGUCCUAGUCCUCAGACACAGGAUUCCUCGGACAGUGUGAAGGAGGUCCGUACGUUGCUGGUGAAAGAGGUGGAAGUCCCAGCUCUGGAUGGCAAUAAGGCUGAGGAACAAUUGAGCAAUGGUACUAUUACCCAAGAGAGAGGAGGAACCCCAGAGCCCAGGAAGGAGGAGGAGGAGGAGGAGAAGGAGAAGACAACUCAAGCAGAAGAUGGCUGUCCUACGGAAUCCUCCACAGAGGUCCAUAGAGAGAAACGGGAAGCCCCAGAACCACCUCCAGUUGCCCUCACGCAAACCCCAGCUCCAGAUGGAGUAGUCCAAGCAGAAUGCCCGGAACCCAGCAAUAAAGAGACAGGCGAGGAAGAGGUCUCUGCCCAAGCUGGCAAGGCAGAAGCAGAGAUUCCCCUGGAGAACAGCCAUAAGGUCACAGAUGAAAGCGAAGGGGUGCAAACUCAGUUCUAGAUCAGCCUCCCCCCCUUGGAAGAGGAUUUCCUCACGGCCAGAUAAAACACGGAAGGGGGAGACCAGAACUUGGGGACCCUGUGGGAUGGGAAGGACACAAAGGCAAGUCUCGAUCCAAGGCUGGUUAUAGGAACAUCUUCGACUUUAGGUUGCACUUGAUUCUUCUGGAGAAGUUCUGCCUUUGGAGGAGGGGGAGGGAAGGAAUUGCAAGGGAGGAACCCCAGAAUGCACGUUCUACAUCUCUUGGGGACCAGGGUGAUUUUUCUAGUCUUGAACUGGAGCGUUUCCCACACACACACACACAUCUAAACACGCUAGUCCCCCUGACUCAAAGUUGUAUGGUUGGAUUGGAUGUUCUGGAGAAGGGACUUCAAUUCAUCUUAGAUGCUAACAAAUGCCUGGAGCGUUGAAAACGUAAGAGAGAAGCCAUCAGGUUUCUCCAUCUUGAUCCAGACUGGUACUAAUUUUGACUUUUAGACCCAUACCUUGGUUUGAUGGUCCCAUCCCUUUGUCUUCUUCCAACCGUUGAUGGUAGAAGGCUCUUUUCUCCUGUCGAGGGGUCGUCUCUUCACCUCCCGGUGUUCAUGAUUAGGAAUGGUUAUCUCUUUUAAUUUGACCUCCUAUUCUAGAUGUUUUUAGCACUAGAAUUGCUGUGGGAGUUGGUCCAAUUGCGUCCUUACCCCUCGGCAUCCAUCUCGGUCCAAAAGUUACACAGAGAUGGGACAGCCCUAGUUUCAGGAGAAAGUAAGUAGGAGCAUGCAGAUGUUUUAGAAACACGUGGAUGUGGGCUAGAGAAAGGGGUGUGUAUUUGUCGAAGGCUUGCUGAUUUUGGAAUGGAACGGCAAAAGUUGAUGGAUACGACGAGACUGCUAUAGGAAUUUAAAUUAUUUCAGUGGGGACUGCUGGCUGAGGACCUUAUGUCUUAAUUGGUCAGUCAAGGAUGUUCCACGAGAACAAGGAACCAGUAUAUGUCAUGCUUAUGUAGGAUUGUUAAGGAGUUCGUUAUCUUGGCCUGUUCAGGCAUCCUUAGUUCACCUGCACAGGUUGUCUGCUGAAUGAAUGUUUGGAUCUCCCCUCUCUUCCCAGGGAAGCAAAGGAGCAGAAUAACUUUAGAAGCAACCAGCAGAGAUCCUAUAAAGAGAGAUCCUGUAUGCAUAAGUCUUCAGCCUAGUGGGAAGCCAUCGAGGUUCCAAUUUUGUUUUGUUUUUUUAAAUGCACUUGGUGUGGUGGCAGUAACGAUUUAUCGGGGGUGGGGGGGACGGACACAAAAGGGAAGAUGGUCUUUCUUUUCGCUUUGGCAGUUUCUGGCCGGUUACGUUUAGCAAUUCAGUUAUGUUCUUGCAGAGAAGGAUUGGUUUCAAUAGGAACUGUAAAAAAAUUUAGGGGUCUUGGCUAAAGACAUGGGCAAAAGUGAAAUAACAGGUGGGAAUCAGGAGCGUGGCCUUCUGAAUCUCACCUGCCUUUAUAAACCCGAGUACAUUUCCCUCUCUCUCCUCCCUUCUGAAUCUGUGAAGUGGAUUGCAAGUUGGAAGCCACAGCUGAGCUUCCAACCUCUAGCACUGGAUUUACAACAUGCCCAUUCCAAUCCACGUUUAUAUACACCUACACGCACGUCCCUACCACUUAUCCAUCUCUUCAUCCAUCCCUGGAGGACUUCGGACAAUAUGGUUAGGCCUUGGUGUUUUUUAAUACCUCCUUGAAGGUCCCAUUUUAUUCUCGUUUUUAACGUCAAGCUCUGCCUUAAGAGCAGCCCCAAAGUGAUAGCGAAUCUUGGUGACAUCUGAAUGGUUUCUGUUCUGGAGAAGGUGUUGGGUUAGUUCAAGUUGGAUCUUCUCUACAUCGCUGAUAGGGAAGAGCGGCUUCUUCUGUCUUCUGGGAAGGCCGUUUCCUCUUCCAAUUUAGGGAUGAAGGAUUCUUUCUUAAGCAUCUCUGCGUUGACUGGAUUGACUGAUGAAUGGGCCUACAAGAACCAAUUUUCCCAGGACCUUCAUCCCUCAAAAUGGAAAUAACAUCUCUCCUUGUUGGGUUUUUCUCCCCAUCCUCCAUUUUCAUGGAUGGGAGAAGCAAAAUAUGGGUGCUUUUCCCUGAGUCAAUUAGGAUCUGCUGGCAGAAGAUUGCUCUUUUGAAGGGGAAAUUCCAUAAUCUCAAAAUAAUAAUAAUAAUAAUAAUAAUGAUUGGAAUUCAACUUCUAGGAAAUUGUGGUGCCAAUUAAGGAAAGGAGAUGAUCUUCAGCAGAUCCAGAAAUAGGAAGACUCCUUGGGUCAAACUGCCCGUGUUCCAAACACCUUACUCAACACUGCCCACCUCAUCUCGAUUUGCUGCUGUAACAUUCCAGUUUCACUCUGCCUGUUUUUUUAAAAAAAAUAUUUGUAGUGAUUCCUCUUUGAAAUGGUUUCAGAGAGUGGAGAAGGAGAGGGGAAAUUGUUCACUCGGAUUCUACCAUCUUUUAAUGCCUUAUGGUUGGGAACCAAAGCUUCUUUUCCUUCUCUCUCUCUCUCUCUCUCUCUCUCUCUCUCUCUCUCUCUCUCUCUCUCUCUCUACGAAGAUAGUAUAUAUUGCAAAUCUUAUACCAAAUGUUUAAGAGAAUGUGCUUAUAUAUUAAUAAAAAAAUCAGCUUUAUUUAA